AUGGUGCUACGCUUGCAGGAGCGCCGCAUGCUGACAUGUAAGUUGGCGGAUUUCCAGAGGCGUGUUCUGCACGUGGGAUGGCGCGGUGUUCGGGCAGAGGUCCAGGCCGCUUCGGCGGACGAGUCGUCGGCAGGAGUUGCAACGAUGGAGCUGAAGGCCCUGCCUGCGGUGGCCAGGCAAGGUUGCGCAGGACAUUCGCGUCCGCGGGGCUCGGCAUCGCGCAAGGCACGGGGGGUCAAGACGAAGGAGGACCUCGCAGAUGCUUGGCUGGGGGCGCUGAAUACACUGGAAGUCGAGCUCGCAGGUAGACAUGAGACCGCCGGGAAGAACGCGUUCCCCAACCCGUCCAAGAAGGGCUACAGCCAGUGCAUCGCGGAGCAAGAAUGCAGCGAGGCGAAGUCCCAUGCCAGGGACGAGACCGAGCACGCAGGAAUGGACGCGUUAUUCUUCGAGCCGCUGUCCGACCUGUGCGAGGAGGUGAAGCCCGCAGAGGACGCUUUUGGGAUCGGCGCCCCGGCGCGCUGCGCAGACUGCCCCAGGCGGCUCACCAGGGAGAGCGAGGAUGGGGCCGAGGCCCGAUGUCCGCUCGACUGCGCUUUCUGCGACAGCGGCAGAGCGGGCGCGGGCGGAGCGGUUGCGGCGGCCGGCGGCAACCUCCCUGGGUGGGCCAUCGUGGAGCAGGUGCACGCGGCAAGGAGGCUGAGCCCCGCCGUGGAGCGCGUGGUGUUCAUGGGCAUGGGGGAGCCGCUGCUCAACUACGCCGAGGUGUCCAGCGCCAUCUCGGAGCUGCGGCGGGACCCGUGCCUCGGCCGCCCAUGGGCCGUUACGGUCAGCACCGUGGGGGUGCUCCCGAGGAUCGCGCGGCUGGCCGCGGACCACCCCGCCGUGGCGCUCACGCUCUCGCUGCACGCGCCCAGCCAGGCGCUGCGCAGCCGGCUGGUGCCCGCGGGCGCCGCCAGGUGGCCGCUCGAGGACGUCAUGCGGGCGGUCUGGGCGCACGAAGAGGCCGUGGGCCGAGCGCCCAUGUUCGCCUACACCGUCCUGCCCGGCGUCAACGACGCCGCAGAGCACGCCGAGGAGCUCGCGCAGCUGCUGGCCGCGGGCCGUGCGCCGGGCGGGCCGCGGCCGCUCGUCAACCUGAUCCCCUACAACCCCACGGGCGCGGGGCAGGGCUUCGGCUUCCAGACCCCGAGCGACGGGGAGCUGCGGAACUUCCGCUCCGCGCUCCGCGCCAGAGGCAUCCAGGCCACGGUGCGCUGGACCACGGAGGCCGGGCGGCCACUGGCCGCCGCAUGCGGCCAGCUGGCCGCUCGCCCCGGCGCCGGCGAGCUGGAGACCAUGCGACCGAUGCGCCCCAGCGCCGCAGCGGACGGGGUCAGGGCCGCCGCGGAGGGCGGCGGCGCAGGGCUGGCGGCGGCCUCGGCGGAGAAGUCCCCUUCGGCGCCAGCGCUGACCAGGCUGCUGUUCCUCGCCGGCUCCACCGACGCCCUGCUGGCUCUGGCCCAGAGGUGGCGCCCCGAGCUGAACGACGUGCACGUGUCCGCCGCCCUGGUGACCCUGGCGAGGGCCGCGCCGGGCGCGGGCGCCAGCCUGCGCGCAGACCCGCGCUUCGGGGCGCUGAUAGAGAGGAGCGCAGAGCUGGCGCCGGCCAUGGGCCCCAGGGCUGCCGCGAGCGUGCUGUGGGCGCUGGCCAGGCUGCGACACAGCCCCGGGAGGGACCACCUCGACGAGGUGGCGGGGGCUCUUGAGCGGCAGGUGGCGGAGCUCUGGCCCCCGAACCUGGCCAACAGCCUGUGGGCGUGCGGGGCGCUCCUCUACCGCGGGGAAGGCCCGCUGCUGGCCCUGGAGGCAGAGGCGGCGCGCCGCGCCCUGGAGCUGACCCCCUUGGAGCUCGCCAACAGCCUCUGGGCCCUCGGGCGCCUCCGCCGGCGCCGCUCGGGGGCGCCGGCGGCGCUGGCGGCAGCCCUGGGGCGGUCGGCCGCGCGCUGCAAGCCGCAGGACGUGGUCAACAGCCUCUGGGCGUUCCAGCGCUUGCGGCACAGUCCGGGAAACGAGGUGCUGACCAGCCUGGCCUCCGCCGCGCUGACGGCGCUGCCUCGCCUCAAGCCGUCGGAGCUCGCCGUGGUGGUCCGCGCGUUCUCGCGCCUGGGCCACGACCCCGGGGAGGUCGUGCAGCCGGCGCUGGUGGCUUUUGCACACCGCGUCCGCCGCAGGUGCUCGGCCGUGGUGCCGCAGGCGCCGACGCUGGAGAGCACCCUCGCGGGCACCGUGCGAGAGUACCUCGAGGCGCAGGCUGCGACCCGACGGCGACCCCCGUAUAUUGUUAGCGACGUUGCGCGGAAUGCGUAUUUCACAAACCUGGACCGCGACAUCGCCAAAGAGGCCAAGGAUAAGAUGGCGGCCAACUUUGGCGAGGUCGCGAGGUUCGCGCGCGGCGAGGGCGGCGGCGAGAGCAAACCUGGGAAAAGAGACAACGCUGGGCACGAGGGCGGCAACGAGCCAAGUAGCGGCGCCAAGCCGCCCAGCAGCUCGAGCAAGCCGUCUCUGUCGCCCGCGGCGCCCCCGCGCUCUCACAGCCCCUGGCCGCGGAAGCUGCGCAGGCGCUCAACGCAGAGACCCCUCGCCGAGUCCGGCGGCCGGCUGCUGCCAGCCCGGCAAGUUUCCGAGUCGAAGUGCGCCGAGGAGACCAGCGACGCUGUGUCCGUAGGCGAGAGAGUGCAACGCGACAUGUUGGACCGCUCCGCGGCGGCGCUCUGCGACGUCGCCCCCGCGGGCACUGGCGACGGCCCCUUGCGCGCGGGAGAUGUCGCGGGAGUUUUCAAGCGGCGCGGGAAGGCGCAGGAGGGGCGAUAG